AUGGGCUCAUCUUUAUUAUUUACCUUGUUGAUUAUUCUAACAUUCACAUUUAUGUUAACAUCGAGUUCACCAUCGUUAAGUGGUGCAUUACGUCAUAUUGUUAGGCGGCAAUCAGAUGAAAUGCCAUGUCACGUGAUUGACGGUUUUACGUGUUUAUGUCGUCAAACAAAAGUAACGUGUAGCACAUCACAACCACUUCAACAAAUAACAAUAAAUCCAAACGAAAAACAUAAAUAUUCAUCGGUUGAAUUAGUUGUCGGUAGCGAUUCAGCGACUGUUUAUGGACAAACAUUUACACCAAUUAAAGAACUUUAUUCACCAACAGCACGACAUAUUGAUUUUAAAAUAAAAUUUGAAAAUUUUACACAUUUAAGUUUAGCUGAACCAAGUCUAUUUAAUAAUGUUUUCCCUGAUCAAUCACAAGCACAUAAAGCAAUGGCAUAUGAAAUCUAUAAUCAAGCUGUACGACCAGAAGAUAAUGUCAAUUUAUUCCGUAAUUUGGAUGUUGAUUCAUUAGAAGUCUAUAGUUUAUAUCCAUUUCGUGGUACAUUUCAAGAAUUAUUUGAUGGUUCAAAUAUUAAACAUUUACGUAUUAGUGGCGGUGAUAUUAAAAGUGAUUUAAAUAAACAUUUUACCGGGAAUGUUGGACGAUUAGAAAUAGCUAAACAAGCCGAAGCUCUUGAUGCUGCAAAUUUUCCGUUAUAUCCAGCACAUGAAAUGAUAUUGAAUGCCUAUUAUGUAAAAAAAUUUCAUUCACCAAAUCCACCAAAUUAUGAUAAUGUGGCAGAGUUGAGAGUCUAUUCGGAUGAUCCAAUACCAGCUGAUGCAUUCAAAGAUUUUCCAAAUAUCAAUACUUUAUCGGUACAAGCAAAAGAAAUUGAUCCAAGUGCAUUUAAUGGUUUAAAUAAAUUAGAAAAAAUUACUAUUAAAGAUGCACAACCGAAUGCAGCAUUAUUACAAAAUAUACCAUCAGUAAAAGAAGUUGAAAUUGGUGGACUAGAAAAGUUAAAUCCUGACGUACAAUGUGAAUUUGCACAACAAUUAUCACAAGGAAGACUAGCCGUUCAAGCAUCACCAAAUGGUCCUGAAUGUACGUGUGUUAUUGCUUAUUUACAAUCCGCCACUAAUCAGGUGCCGUGUACACCGUAUGAAAAUUGUGCACAAUCCACAUGUCAAGCUAUUCGUGAUAAUUUUGAUACGAAUACAAAUGCAUUCAAUAAACCGCCAGAAAUUCGACGUGCCGAUGGCACAAGUGCAUUGGAACAUCGUUCACCAGCAGUUUAUGCACAACCAUACCAGUUAAGUUCUAAUGAUAUAAGCAAAUAUCAAGCAGCUGUACCGCAGGAAGUUCUUCGAGAUCCAUAUCAAGCACCUGAACCAUCCCAGAGUGAAUCUCGUCCUCCUUCACAUACCCAUGAUCAAGGACAUGUUGCAGGAAAUGUUGACGACACAGCAACAGUAAAAACUACUAGAAGGAGAAAAACUAAAAGCACAACGACGGCUGCAGUAGCAGGGGGUGAUCAAUGGCCACAACCGUCAGAUCAAGGUCAACAGGGUGAAAAUCCACCUGAUCAGGGCGGCGUUUAUCCACCCGAUCAAGGCGGUGUUUAUCCACCCGGUCAAGGCGGUGUUUAUCCACCCGGCCAAGGCGGUGUUUAUCCACCCGGUCAAGGCGGUGUUUAUCCACCCGGCCAAGGCGGUGCUUAUCCACCCGAUCAAGGCGGUGCUUAUCCACCCGAUCAAGGCGAUAUUUAUCCACCCGGAGGAGACCAGUAUGGAAUAAAUCCGACACCUUCAGCUAGCGUUGAUGAUACACCAAGUACAACAAUCCCAGUUGGUGACAGCCAAGAUCAUCAUCAGCAAGAUAACCGGCAACCAGAACAACCUAUUCCACCUGAACAAGAUCAUGGGGGUCACGUAGAAACCACUUCGAUCAAUGAUGGGACAGUAACAGUAGCAGGAACAGUAGCAGGAACACCAACAACAAAAAAGAGAAUGAAUAUGAUACCAAUUUAUAUCAUUAUUGCAGCCGUUGCCCUUGCAAUACUUGCAUUAGUAGUGUAUUUAAUUGUUCGAAGUAGCAGAGGCAAAGCAGCAUAUAAACCGGCACCACAAACCGACCCGACAAAAGCAUAA